AUGACUGAAAGAACAAAUAGCCAACAAAUUGAUGAACCACAUGGUUGUAUUGAACUUAUUCGAUGUGUUCCAGCAACAGACGAAGAACGAAAAGCUCCUCGAUAUAUACCAAAGUUGGAAAUAAAUGAACAAGCACAAGCAAUAAUAUCAGAAAGAUUUGAAUCACCAAUAUCAAUUAUAGCCUAUGUUGGAAAGGUAGGAGUGGGUAAAAGUAAACUAGCAAGUUUAACGGUGGAAACACUACGUAGAACACCAUCUAACCCACCAUUACGACCGUUUCGCAGCGGUGGAGCUGGUACUCCUGUUACUCAUGGUGUUUGGAUGUGGUCUGAACCGUUACGUCAUCUGGACGAAGACCAACAAGGUUCAAUACUAGUAUUAGAUUGUGAAGGAAUGGGUGAAUUGGACGAAGAUACUGGUGAUAAUUUAUACUUAUUUUGCAUGAUUAUGAGCACAGUAUUUGCUGUUGUCCUUCGUGCAGUUCGAGUCGAUCGUUAUCUAUAUGAUCAAUUGUAUCAUGCUCUACGUCGUUUUAAAAGUAUGCACACACCUUAUUUGUUACCCAACUUAUGCUUGGUAGCGAUGGAUAUGCCAUCAUUCAUUCGUAGUGAUCCAGUAAUGGGUGAUGUGCCAAUUCCAAAAGAUCAAUGGUUAAAAGAAAUAUUUAGUAACACUUCAAGUACAUUGUCACAUCAUGACAAUGAGUCAAUUCAAUUGCGCUAUGACUAUAUUACUGGACUGUUACCUCAAAUUGAUGCUGUGAAUAUUGAUUAUUUGCCACGAAAACUGGUGAAUAACAAUGAAAAAUUAGAUAUACAUACAAUAUUACGAGAAGAAUCAUCCAAAGAAUUCUAUACAUCGCUACAAAUAGCUAUUAAGAAAUUGUUAUCGAAUGGUGGCAAACGAUUACCAGGAUCUCAACAGUCCUCCCUGUUUGUUCGACCAGCCGAACUGACAGCUAUAAUGAGUGAUUUAAUCGAUGUUCUUAAUGAAAAUAAAAUGCCUAAUGCUGAUAUAUUGAUCAGUCGAUAUUUAUUAACACGUUUUAUGAAUGAAAUUGUGGAACAACAGGUAGCAGAAUUUCAAGAAAAAUUACUAGCAUAUGCUCAUAAUACUCUUGGUGAUGCUAUGAGUAAACGACAAAAACCAGAAACCCCUAAUGAAAUUAGCGCAACGGAUAAUCAAAUGAAAGAUGAACGUGAUCGUUUAACAACACAAUAUAUCGGUGCCAUUAUACGCUUAGCACGCUAUCAAAUUUAUGGUCUUGAUACAAUACUAUCAAGUGAAUACGUUGAUGUUAAUGAACAAGAAAAGGCUUUAUUCGAAUUACCAAAAUCAGUUCAAGAAAAAAUCAAAGACAUCAAAACACAAAUGAAUGGAUAUCAAGAACCAGAAUUAUUUAUCAAAAAGAUGCAUGCAAAUUUAGUUAUUGAGGAUUUACAUCGUCAACAACAAGAACAACGAAAAUUGCUUCAAGAAACUAUGAAAAAAUUAGAAAAUAAACGAGAUCUUGUUCAUCGCGAACAACGCAUCAAUGAUUCUUUGAAAUUGGCAAAACCGGUGAGAAUUGGUCUCGCGCCAUGCGCACAUUGCGGACGUCCAGGUGGUGCUAUUAACUAUGUUCAUUGGAAAAAACACUGUCCUUCCAGACGAACGGGUAAUUAUUAUUAUUAUCAUCGUGAAGAUGAACGAAUGGUAUGCGACGCAUGCAGACAGGUAGACAAAAUAGACGAUCAACGCGUCGAAUGUAGCCGAUGUGGACGAACACGAAAAGUGACACGCUUCUUCAAAUUUAAUGAAUAA